AUGGGUGAAGCAUCGCAGUAUCAUGGGUACCAUCCUGAAGGACUGGGGUACAUCGGCUCGGUUCUCAAUUCAUGCACCCAGCUUGACGAGAUUGUCCAUCGUGGCCGGAACAUCGUACUUGAUGGGAAUUCGCUGGACUUGAGCUCAGUCGUUGCAAUUAGCUUACAUAAGAUUGCGGCCGAUAUCACCGACAGCGAAACCGUGCUAUCUCGAUUAGAACGCAGUGUAGAUCUACUCGCGGAAAAGCUUGAAAGGGGCGAAGUGGUAUAUGGAGUGACUACUGGAUUUGGAGGAAGCGCUGAUACUCGCACAAACGAUUAUGCCGCCCUCCAACAGGCAUUGAUCCAGCACCACAAUUCAGCCGUGGUUCUACCUGGAGACCGGAGAUCUGGAGCAGGCUCCACACGUCUGCAAAGUUUGAAAAGUCAUGCGAUGCCUAUUCCCAUUGUUAAGGCGGCUAUGUUAAUUCGAUGCAAUUCCUUACUGCGAGCACAUUCCGCCGUUCGAUUCCAGGUCGUUCGAAAUAUCCUUACCCUCCUCGCAUACGAUAUGACACCAGUGGUACCGCUGCGAGGAAGUAUCUCCGCUUGUGGGGACCUCACACCUUUGGCGUACAUCGCCGCGGCAAUUGAAGGGAAUCCUGAUAUAGCGAUUAAUUGCGGGGAGGGUCAGAACCAUCGAAUCAUCCCGGCCAACCAGGCUCUCCAGGAAGUAGGGUUGGCACCGCUUGAAUUUGGGCCAAAGGAAGGUCUGGGUCUUUUGAACGGAACUGCGUUUAGUUGCGGUGCAGCUACUCUAGUUCUAUUCGAGGCAAACCAGCUUGUCGUUUUGGCGAACUUGCUUACCGCAAUGGGGACUGAGGCUUUGCUGGGAUCGCGAUACAACUAUCAUCCGUUCAUCGCCGAGGCUCGACCCCAUCCAGGCCAGCUAGAGUCUGCUGCGUUUAUUUUCGAAUGCUUAGCUGGUUCUAAGCUGGUGCGUGGGGCAGAUCCUGAUGGGGAAGGCCUGGCGCAAGACCGGUAUGCGCUACGCACAUCGACGCAGUGGAUCGGUCCUCAGCUAGAGAACCUCGCACUCGCACUUGAACAAGUCCAGACGGAACUGAAUUCUACCACGGACAACCCACUUCUGGAUCUUACCGAGGAGCGGGUUCACCAUGGAGGAAACUUUCAAGCUGUAUCGAUAACAUCGGCAAUGGAGAAAACUAUGGGCGUGAUGCAGAUGCUAGGGAAAAUGAUCUUCUCGCAAUGCUCGGAGAUUCUCAACCCGAUGCUUAAUAGAGGACUACCACCAAAUCUCAGCACUGACGAUCCGAGUCUCUCGUUCGCUUUCAAAGGUGUUGAUAUCAACAUGGCUUCAUAUAUGUCUGAAUUGGCAUACCUAAACCACCCGGUUAGCAACCAUGUCCAGUCCGCAGAGAUGCACAACCAAAGCCUGAACUCUCUGGCUUUGAUUGCUGCUCGUUAUGCAGGCGACACUGUCGAAAUUCUGGCGUUAAUGUCUGCGACAUACCUGUACGUUCUGUGUCAAGCCUUGGAUCUUCGUGCUAUGCAUCUUGAGUUUGUGUCUCAAGCUCGCAAGGAUGUAGAUAAUGCAAAUGCACAGCUGUUUCAGUCCAGCGGUGCAGAUGUCCAACUCUCAUACAGCCAAGAAAACAUCUGGAAAGAACUCAUGAGCCACUGGGAGCGAAACAACACUAGCGAUCUUCACAAACGGAGCGAAGUUACCGCCAAUGAUUCCUUGGGCGUUGUCAUCGACAUUCUGGGUGACCAGGUCGCUGGGAAAGAACUUCGGCAGUGGAAGAGUACCGUUGCCGGUAUCUUAGAGACAAAGUACGGAGCCAACCGAAAACUCUUCUUCCAGAGCAAAUCGGCUGCACCGUAUCUUUGUAAUUCAUCACGGAAACUCUAUGGGUUCGUGCGUCAGACUCUUGGGGUCCCCUUGCAUCGGGGUUUGGUGGAUCAUCCCGCCUAUGACUCCGGCGAAAAGAUUGUGAAAGAAUCAAUCGGGUCGAAUAUUGGAAAGAUAUAUGCGGCUUUACGAGCGGGCGAGUUCCGUGGGGUUAUUCUGAGUUGCAGUGGUAUUACUAUAUAG